AUGACAAAUUUCACCGAAGAUGAAAAUCAGAAAAAAGUCGUUGAACUGUACUGCUCGGCUGAACUAUUCAGAGGUUUAGAUGGCGAACUUAUCUUCCUUUCAGCUCUAAACGUUUUCCUGUCCAUUGCAGCAUUUCUGGGGAACACUCUGAUCCUAGUUGCUCUGCACAAGGAAACUUCGCUUCAUCCGCCGUCCAAACUCAUGUAUCGUAACCUGGCCAUAACUGAUCUUUGUGUUGGUAUAAUUACAGAGCCUUUGUUUGUGACUUACUUAACUUCUGUUGUGAACCGAAGAUGGGAUAUUUGCCACUACACGAGUCUGGUACUAUUUUUCUCAGGUACUACUUUGUCUUAUGUGUCUUUAUUGACACUGACCGCUAUAAGCGUGGACAGACUUCUCGCCUUGUUGCUCGGGCACAGAUACAGACAAGUUGUAACUUUGAAACGAACACAGAUAGCUGUAACUGGUUUUUGGAUUUUGUCCAUUGUAGGAGCAUCUACAACCCUUUGGAAUACUCUUAUAACAUUAUGGUUUCAACCCAUCUUUGUAGCUCUGUGUCUAGUCACCACAAUCUUCGCUUACACAAAAAUUUUUCUCUCUCUGCGCCAAAAUCAAAUUCGUGUUCAGAACCAUGUUGCUCAACGACAACCGAGCCAACCAAUUCCAUUGAACAUAGCUCGAUACAGAAAGGCAGUGUACAGUGCACUGUGGGUGCAGGGAACAUUGGGUAUUUGUUAUAUUCCAUAUAAUAUAGCGGUCUUUUUGACACCUCGGAGAGGGAUGCCUUUAUCGAUUUACCUUGCCAGGAAUUUCACAGUUAGCAUGGUUCUCUUAAACUCGUCAUUAAACCCGUUGCUGUACUGUUGGAAGAUCAGAGAAGUAAGGCAAGCUGUAAAAGAAACAUUAAGACAACUCUUCUGUAGAUCGAGUUAG